UUCAGUUCUUUGGCAGUUACUGGCUAACAGCGGCGAGUUUGAAUCGGAGACACGAUGGUGUUGUACCUGAUUGAGCACCGCAAGUACUGCUCCUUUGAAGAGUGGCUAGGCACCUUCAAGAACUGGCCUUCCAUCACCGACUGUGCGUGUACGCCUGAGAAUAUGGCUGCAGAAGGAUUUAUUCACACCCCAAGUGAGAAUGGUCCUGACAUUGCUCAGUGCUUCUUUUGUUACAAAGAACUGGAAGGUUGGGGACCUGAAGAUGAACCUUUAGUUGAACAUCAAAAUCACUCAUCGAAGUGUGCUUUUAUUGCACUGAAGAAGCAGUUUGAGCUUCUGACAACUGAAGAGUUCCACAAAUUGGACAAGCAAAGAGUAAAAAACAUCAAAAAGAAAUAAGGAUUGAAUCAUCUGAACAAGAGGCAAAAGUUACAAAAACUGCAAUUGAAGGUCUUGUUCCAAACAGCAGAAAGA